UGAGCUUCCCCCCCUCUGUAGGAAACACACCACUAUAAAACAGGCGUUGGCUUGGAGGAGCAGAACACACUGGAAGCUAAAAACGUGCACAAUGGAGUUCGACUUGUUGGCUUUAUUUGCAUUUUUGUCCUCUUUUUACACAGUUCUGGCAGUCCCACCUAAAGGUGUGUGUCUCCUCCAAGUGGAUGAAGGACCUUGCAGAGCUGACAUUCAACGUUAUUACUACAACACCAUCACGCAAAAGUGUGAGGUUUUCUACUACGGAGGGUGCCAAGGGAAUGCCAAUAACUUCAAGACUUAUCAGGAGUGCCAGAAAACAUGUUUUAGGAUACCAAAGAUUCCUCAGAUGUGUAGGUUUCCAAUGGAGGAGGGGCCCUGCAGGGCACUUUUUAGGCGCUAUUUCUUCAACAUGACGACCAUGCAGUGCGAGCUUUUUUACUACGGAGGCUGCAAUGGCAACGCCAACCGCUUCUCAGAUCUGACCUCCUGCACGGAGUACUGCAGUCCGCAAAAAACCAUGCCUGUGCUGUGCCUGGGCCCUCUGGACAAAGGCAAAUGUUCCGCCUCCAUACCGCGAUACUACUACAACACCGCCACUAAGAUGUGUGAGGAGUUUAUGUACUCAGGCUGCGGGGGGAGCAGCAACAACUUUGUCUCGAGGCACAGUUGCAUGGACGUGUGUGUUAAAGGAGGGAAAAAGAAGACCGGACAAGGAAAAAUCCGUCGCUUGAGACGGAACCGGAUCACUAUUUUGCAGGCAUAAACAGAAAAUCACACUUUUAUUUUUUUUUAUACACUAAUUUCAAUGACGACUGCACAUGUUGUGUUGCAUUUUUAUACUGUAAAUAUGUAUUAUGUGUAUUUUAUUUGACUGUGACUCCUUUAAGCACAUUUUUAUAUCAAUAUCUCUAUAAAGUAUAUUUUCAUUGCUUUGUA